GCGCGGUUUCGGAGACAAGACACCCUCUACUGCCCAGCUCCUGUCCACUCAUCUUUGUGAAGCUCUGGCACGGUCUGAUUGACGCGAGAUGGCAGCCGACGACCCCGCACUGGGCGCUGGAGGGGCAUUCGCCCGCAUCGCUGCAGCCAAGAUUCUGGCAGCCAGGAAACGCAACAGGAUCAGACGACGGAGGAGCCUUUGGGAAGAAGCAGCCGCCCUCGUCUCCAAAGACGACCGCACACAUCUCGACUUUGCGCACGCCAGCGACCCCACACGCAUCCUGGGCGACAUCGAGACACAGGUGCACGAGGCGAAAAAGAAGCAAUGGCGAUUCCGCAGGCGCAAUGGAGAAGAGGUUACCGUUCGCGAAGUGUUUGAGAAAAUCGCAAACUGGGUUACCAAGUUUAAAGAGAUCGGCGAUAUCGCCUCGGGGAUUGAUCCCCUGCAUGUCGGGCUGCCGUGGGCGGCUGUGCGGUUCUUCCUUCACCUGGCCGUCAAUGAUGUCGAGAGGUAUAGUGCGAUGAUUGAAGGCGUCGAGGUCGUUUCGGGUAUCAUUGCACGAUACGCAGAGGUCGAGAAGGCCCAGUUGGUCGGGCGAUCGAAUCUCAAGACGCAGCUGGAGAAUGGGCUUGUGAAACUGUAUGCCUCAGUACUGAGCUACCUUGCCGAGGCAAAGAAAUAUUACGCGUCGUCUACUGGGAAGAGAAUGCUCAAGUCCUUGAAUCCCAACUCGGUAGAGGAACAGUGGCUCGGUCGCAUUGCCGCAGAGGACGAUGCGGCGCACAGGCUGGUGACGCUGGUGCAGGCGGAGAAUCAGACGAACCGACUCUCCUCGAUCCGGACAACAUUGGUCAACUUGGACGACAGACAAGAGAAGACGGCCAUUGUGGACAGUCGCAGGAGACUUCUGGAGCGUCUCGGCGCAACAUUUACGAACGACAACUACGACGGAUCGCUGUCCCUGCGACAGUCCGGGACGGCAAGCUGGAUCUUUGAGAGGGACGAGUUUCAGCAAUGGAUGAAAGGAGGGACUGAGUCGCGGUUCCUGUGGAUCUAUGGCCCUCCUGGCUUUGGCAAGACGGUCCUCGCCGCGAGUGUGGUUGAGCAUCUGCGGAAAGAGCGACCGAGCAGCACCGCGUACUUCUUCUGUGUCUCCGAAGACGAGGCCAAGCGAAAGCCGUGGGCAAUCCUCACGUCGUGGAUUGCGCAGCUCAUUGAACAGAACGAGAUUGCUGUCAAGGUCGCUAGCGAGUUGAUCAACAUGGAUGAUCAGCGCGCCAUCACGAGAACCGCGCAGUGGAAGCUGUUUGCCGGCCUCUGCGCUCAGAUCAACGGAUGUACGUUUGUGAUUGAUGGCUUCGACGAGUGUACCAGCCUCAAUACCACCUCGCGGUUCCACACGCACGAUGCUCGCGCCCAGUUCCUGCGCGAGCUGUUCGACGCGAUCAGCGAGGUCAAGGCAGAUGUGCUGUUGGUCAGUCGAGACACGGCCGAGAUUCGGUCGGAGAUCUUUCAGAACAGAGACCGAAGAAUUGAAGUGUUUUAUUAUGGGAUCGCGGAAAGCGACACGAAGCCCGACAUCCAAAUAGUCUCACGCCAUGUCGUCGACUUUAAGCUGCUCAAGAAGCCCGAGCAGGUCCGCACCGAACUGGCCGAAAAGGCUGCGGACAGGGCCGAGGGGAUGUUCCUUUGGCUGCAUUUGCUCUCGCAGAAACUCAAGCCCGGAGUCAACGCGAAGAAGCUGGAUGCUGUGGUGUCGCAGAUGCCGACGGGACUGGAGCAAGCCUACGAACGAGAUUUGAGGCAGAUAUCGACGCUUGAUGAGGAAGAGAGGGACCGAGCGAUCAACAUUCUACGAUGGGUGCUGUUUGCUGGACGACCACUCACCGUUAGUGAGCUGGUGGAAGCUCUGAUGUUGAGCGGCGAUCUGGACGACGACGAUUGUUACCCCGAGGAUGAGCUGCCGGACGAGUGGAAGACCAACUUGGUGGAUGAGGACUAUGCAAACGACGUUCUGCGCCAGCCAUUGGGCUCCUUGAUCGAGCUGAGGCGCCGCAACGAGGAUGAACCCCUGGCCGAUUACACGGUGCAUUUUGUGCACUACUCGGUCAAGGAGUAUCUGCUGCGACCGACAGCAAGCGGGCCACAGGACAUCGUUUUUCCGGAUAUGGACGCUGAAGAUGAUUUGCUUGCGCGAAGAUGUCUGCAGUAUCUUUGCUACGACGUGUUCGGGGGCGAGGAUGGACUCACAGAGGAGCAGAUGAGAUUUUAUCCUUUCUAUCGCUACGCCACGCGCAGCUGGUAUCAACAUGCCUGGGGUGACGGUGGAGACAUGUCUCCCGAACUGGUGUCGUGGGCAUGCAGGCUUCUCGACCCAGGAGCAUUUAAUUGGGUGUUAUGGGCAAAGGCCUACGAAGGCGAUGAGGAUCAUGGACGGUAUUCUAAUGACAAGCCCCAGGAGGCUGACUCCGAUGAGACAAGGGUCGACCAAACCAGUGCCGAGAAGAACGAUGAAUCUCGAAAGGAAGCAGAGGAACAUGAUGUACCGGAUCAGGCUGAGGAUGGCGCUCGCACCGCAAGAGAAACAGGCGCGAGCCCCAUGUACUACGCUUGCCUUCUCGGGCUCCUCGAUGUGGUGAAACGACUCCAUGCGGAUGGGUUGGAUAUCAACGUCCAGGGAGGACUAUUUGGUACUCCGCUGCAGGCCGCGAUUGUCAAGAUGCAGCGCCCGACAGUUCGGUAUCUCGUUGAGAACGGCGCCGACAUUGCCGUGCAGGGAGGAGGGGUGUAUACCUAUGCCAUUUGCGCAGCUGCCUGGGCUGGUGACCUUGAAAUCUUCGAGCUCCUGGUCGACCGUGGCACCGAUCUGGAAGCGAUCCAAAGAUCUCACCUACGACCCGUUCACUUUGCAACAUAUUCGCCGGAGCUCCUGCAGGUCUGCCUCGACAGAGGUGUUGACAUAGCUGUUCGAGACAGUGGGGGCCAUGAGCCGCUACACAUUGCAGCGCUACAUGGGAAUGCAGUCAGCGCGCGACUUCUCUUGGAUGCCGGUGCAAACAUCAAUGCCGUGGCCGCCAAUGGCGCGACGGCCUUGUUAAUGGCAGUGGAGGAUGAGCGGCGGUACGAUGUUCUGGUGUUUCUUCUCUCCCACGGUGCAGACACGGAGAUCGCCGAUGACAUGGGACGGACGCCGCUCAUCAGCGCUGCGGGUCUGGGGAAAGAGGAAACAGUCCGGGUCUUGUUAGAACACGGCGCAUCCACUAAGCGCGAAAUGUGCUACGGCUAUACGGCGCUGUUUGCGGCCCUGAGGGACCCAGGGCAUCCACGGAUAGUCCAGCUCCUGCUCAAGCAUGGGGCGGAGGUCGACCAUCGAGACAUUGACGGACUAACGGCGCUGCGGCUUGCCUGCGAUUGGGGAGACACUGAGAUCAUGUCCAUUUUACUGGAGCACGGCGCGGACGUCGACGCAGCAGAUCCUCACGGAAUGACUCCCCUGCUGUGCGCGGCGUCUGGAGGCUCAGAAGAUGCGCGGAAAUUGCUGCUGCAGCAUGGUGCAGAUAUCCUCCAACACGAUGGUCUGGGCGAAAGCGUUCUCGACUACGCCGUGCAGGGCGGACAACAUGACUUUGUUCAGUAUCUACUCGAGAAAGAUGUUUUGGCUGCGCACGUACCCGCAACAACGGCGGACACGAGACGGUUCAGAGAGGACAGAAUUAAGCUUACCAAGGCCAUUUACGCAAUGGAAGUGGAUGAGGUUGAAGCUAUACUUCGGGAUAUACCAUCGGAAAGUCUCGAGGCGGUGCUACGAGUCGCCCUCCACGCCGCAGCGAUCUCUGGCUCUCCUGAACUUACAAAGCUCCUGUUGGGGAAAGGUGCCAGUGCCAGAGACGUUGCCUCGUAUCAACGCACUGCCCUGCAUUACGCGGCAUUCAGUGGUCACUUUGAAAUUGUGCAACUCUUGCUCGAAGCCGACGCGGAUCCGUACGCCCAAGACCUUCAUCGCUCGCGACCGCUCAAUCUUGCCACCAAAAAUGGCCUGGAGAACAUCGAUACCGUCAAGCACCUGAUUAAAUAUUAUGGCUUCGGCCCUGACUACUCCCCAGCUACUCCUGCGCUGAUUGAAACAUGGACAACCAUGGCGGGAGAUCUUCGUGGAACCUACAGGCACAAUAACUGGAAACCGGGUGCCAAAGACGGCAUCACACUCACCAUCGUGCCCUGGGAUAUGAAGGAAGCUGAGGAUAAUUGCUCCCUGGGCCAGCGUCCGACCUUCAUUGGCACUGGGUCCGAUAGUGGCGGUGGAUUCGAGAUUUAUGGUUCCCUUUAUGGAAUUGAUCAGGUUAUCUGGACGCAGCUCUAUGAAAAGCGCAGAUUGGGGUGGCUCUGGUGUGGGAAGCUAGACCCUGACACGAGGACAAUUGCUGGGAAAUGGGGCACAAAUGCACAGCUGUUGCCGGGGACAUUUACCCUGACAAAGGACUCAUAGACUCCGUACAAUAUGUAUCUUCUACACCACGCUAUGACAUAGAGGAAUCUAAGCAAGCUCACACUCAAUCAAACUCUCCACCCCCCUGCGCACCGUCCAAAUCUUGAUAAUCCUCAGUCCAACAGACUCAACCAGCGCUCGCCACUGCGUCUCCGUGCGCUCCUGCGACGCAAAGUCGGCCAUCAUGAUGAUAUCCAGACUCGUCGUCUCCCAGUACGCAUUUGUGCUCGGGAUCACGUUCUCGUUGAUCAGGAUCUUGCUGUACCCGCGCUUCAUGGCCGGCACGAGGUUGGAGAGGAUCCGGCGGCAGUCGGCGUCUGUCCAGUCAUGGAGGACGGAGUGCAUGUAGUAGGCUCGUG